CCACGUGACAGCGGAAGUGUAACGUUUCGUGUUGCAGGAAAAACAGGGACGCAUGUGGCUUCACUGCUAACAAACACCAGCGUGUCUGUCUCCUAAAGUGAUCCCCAGCUCCGUGAAGAAGCUCGUCCUGCUCCGAGGAGACACGUCUACUCUUACCUGUCUUUCAAGCUGGAGCAGAAACCUGAAGCUCACUGUUCAAAAUGUCGCAGGCCACAAAACGCAAACACGUUGUCAAGGAGGCGCUGGGAGACUUUGUGACUCCCACAGAAACACAGCAGAUUGUGAAGGUUAUCGGUAGCCGUGGUAACAACCUCCAUGAAGCUGUCACGGCCCAGGGUGAGACUUUCCUGGUCAGCAUGCCGACCAAGUUCCGCAAGAACCUCUGGAUCAAGAGAGGUGACUAUGUGAUCGUGGAUCCCAUUGAGGAAGGCGAGAAGGUGAAGGCGGAGAUCAACUUCAUUCUCUACAAAGAUCACAUUCAGCACCUGCAAAAACAACAACACUGGCCUGAGGGGUUCAUGGAGGAGCCGUCUGAGCAGGACAAGACGGACAAACAGCAGGAAAAGGAAGAUGGGACGGAAGGGAAAGACGAGGACGAAGAAACUAGCGACUCAGAGGAUGACGAGAGUGACCUCUUUGUAAACACCAACCGCUCUAACUACCAGUACAGCGAGAGUGAGGACGAGGAGGACGUUGAGGAGAAGGGCAGUGAGGAAGAAGAUGAUGACAAAGAGGAAAGGACAAAAAAUGGUUCCUAGUGGCAGAGCCGAGGACAAAGACAGUCGAGAGAGACAGAGAGAGCUGCUGCAGCAUACAGCUCUCUCUGCAGACGGCUUGACUCAUUGACUGGACUUCAACUUAAUGGAGCAAAAUUAAGUCUUGCCUGUUAAAUUGAUAUAAUCAAGUAAUGCUGAAGUUUGACUGACAUUGCAUGAAAAUACAGUAAACAACAUAAAUUCCCUCUGUAUUUUCAGUGUCUUACGGAUAAUCGAUCACAAACUCAAGCGUGCCGCACUACAUUACGGGACGUAAUGUACAUUCACAGGCUGUCUAUAUCCAUUCCCUUUAGACAAAAUACAUCACUCAAAUACAUAAUUCAAGAAAUUCUUUGUUGUCUUGUUUUAAUAAAUAAAAAACGAUUUGU